AUGUAUUUAGGAGCACCAAUAAAAUCACAACAAAAAGGAGAGACUAAUAAACCUAAUCCUAAACCUGCCAGUUCAUAUAAUCUACCAAGAGAUAUCGGGCCUGGUCUACUCAAGUUUUGUCUUACUCAUUCAGAUUCACCAAACCUUCAAGAUUCACAAGUACCAGAACGUGACCCAAAAGAUUACGAUUGGUUAAGACAAGCAUUUGAAAACUUGGAAGAUGACGCAAAGAGAAUGAAAAAGAUCAAUGAUGUAUUGGCCGAUCCACAAUCAACUCAACAUCAAAUCAUAACUGCACUUGAACAAUUAGAAUUCUAUAUUGAAGAUAUAGAUAAUUCAAAAGAUUACAUUAAAAUUGGAGGUAUACCAAUUAUUGUUGAAUUAAUGAAAAAUGAAGAUGAUAGAAUUAGAGCAGAAGCUACAAGUUGUGUAGCAAUCCUUAGUCAAAAUGAAGAAUCGAUUCAAGCAUAUUUGAAUAGUAUUGGUGUAUUGGAUUUGGCAAUCAACAUUUUGGGUAGAGAACACGAUCAAAAGUGUAGAGAAAAGUUUUUGUCUUUGAUUUCCAGUCUUAUUGGUAAUGUUGACACACUCGAUCAACAAAAGGCAGACACUGUCUUGAAGAUUUGUAUCUCUUAUUUGGCACCAAGCGUCGAUAUUAUGAUUCCCAAACCAAUUACUGGUGAACUUACAACCUACAGUGUUGCCAACAGUGUCUCUGGUAUGACAAAGGCAGUACACAUUUUACGAAAAAUCCUUCAAGGCAAACCAUCACUCAGACUCAAAGGUGUUGAAUGGGGUAUUGUCGAGGCUUUGGUCAAUCUCAUCAAGAGUUACAACAAUGGAAACGAUCAAAAGGAUGCUCAUCUUACCAUUCUCUGUGAAAAAUGUGAAUCCACUCUUUUGGAAUUAUCUGGCAACCCACACAACAAGAAACAAUGCAUCGAUUUGGGUCUACCAGCAGAAAUUGAUAAACGUUUAAAGAAAUUAAUGACACAUCCAAAUGAAAAUGAGAAUGAAAUUGAAGUUUUAAAGAAUCUUAAAUCAAAAAUUAAAUAA